AUGCCGGUCCCACAUCAGUCUAAUGUUGCGUUGGGUGAGCUUGAUUCUUCACAAUUUUACACUGCAGAGGAGCUUUGGCCUUAUCUUUCCGAAACUGACCGCGUGGUCCUGGCGGAGGAGGUCAACACAGCCAUAAACCACGAGUUGGCGCAUGCGGAAGAUUUGGAAGCAGUUAUACCUCGACUCCUACGUGCCUGUACGACAGAAGCACAGGAACUCCGGCGUGCAAUUAAAUCAAUGGCCUCCUCACAGAUGUUGGAGGGACAUAGAGCCGUGCAGAUUGUGAAAGAAAGUGGGGAGCGAAUUCAGGACCUCCGCGAGCUUUUUAUCAAGCAGGGUAGUAUCAUUGCUCAGAUGAAUGUGACUUCGGGAAGCUACAAACAGCUACGUGAGCUGCAUUAUCUUCGAAGCAAUGUUACUUCUGUCAUCGAAUGGGUUGAAGUACUCAACGAAUUGCGUUACACAGACAUGUACAGGCUUGUGGAGCAGCGACAGUUCGCCGCCGUGUACAAACGGCUGUGCCGGCUGCAGCUCAUACGUCAGACUGUAACAGAGGAAUUGCACAGCUACCCCAAAGCACACCAAAACUCGUUUGACCCCUACUUUGAAAAGCUGGAGUUAGUGCAGACGAUGUUUGUUGAAGGUGUCUACAAACUUUUUAGAGAAACUUCAGUGCCCGCUGCGAUCCAAAAGGCGCUUAAGGAUCCACCGCGAAUGGGGGCGGUGGUGCAGUCCAUACCCGAGUUUACGCAAUUAGAGGAAUGCGUGCAGUUGUGCGCCGUUGAGAUAACUGAGGAUAAAGGUUUCUUGUACUCUGCAGAUGGGGAGCCGCUCAUCACCGAGGCCAAAAUAUUCGAAGCUGUCGCCGCUUGCGCAAAAAAGUUGUGGGUGGACGACGUGAUGGCGGAGUUCACCAAUCCUGUUGCGCAGGGCGUUGCCUAUUUGGAUCGUAUGAAGAAGAUAGCGCCGAUUCUUUCGGCUCUUGAAAUGACAUUGAUUCCUCUUUCGAGCAGGUUAUCUCUAUUUCCUAUUGUAGUGGUUUCCUUGCAUGGGGAGGUGGUGAAAUCGCUCGAAAUUUAUGCGGACCCGGGGUUGGAGGCGAAAGCAAACGACCUCAUCGCCGCCUCCGACUUCGUGCGAUGGUACAAGGAGAUGUUGAAGGAUGGAAACUACUCAUCUCAUGUUGAUAUCGCUGCACUGGACAAACUGUCGGCCUGCAUGACGGCGGGUGCUGUGGACGGGCUCAUGAUGCAUCUUGUGCAACUAUGUAAGGUAUGUGCUAGAACUGUCCUGGAGGAUGGAAAUAAACCGUUUCGGAGCUCUAGUGGUCUGCCUGUUACAACCGGGCCAAAAGACAUGUUUGCCGUACUGCAGCAAACUCUUGCCGGUCUCUCAACGGCGAUCGAAGUCGACGUCAUGCGACAGAUAGGCAGGGCCUGUGCAGCUGCAAUUGAGAGCUACUUUUCGGAAUGUAAGUUGUUAAUUGAUUACGACCGUUGGGAGGAGAUGGAGCAAAGGCAAAAAUCUGGUGGAAAUAGCGGCAAUGAGGAGUGGAAGAUGCGACGACUUGCGUUUUUGUAUGCCUUUUGCAAUGACUGUUCAGUGAUUGAGCGCAACAUGGACACGGUUGAGCUCGUGUUUGUGUCUUAUUGGAACGAGGAAGAGGGCCUUGAAGACAACUCACCGUUUAUUCAGACUCAGGAUGUUCUGGUAGAUCAUGCUUCCCACUACAUUGAUGAGGUUAUAUUGCAUGUGGAGCGAAUGGUCGAGGGGCAGUGGCCGGACGUAUUCCGCUCAAAAGGUUGGUAUGAGGGAGAGGAUAGUCCAACGCGAAUAAUCCUCGACACUAUGGCGGACUUUAUCGACGAGGAGUUCAGCUGUUCCUUCGAGGCUUCACAGCUACACACGGUAACGCAUCGCAUGAUGCAAAGGUACAUUCAGAAAUUCUUGACCGAGCUUAUGGAGUUUCUCGGAGAUGCCGUUCGGCAUCCGUCUAGUAAAGCCGCAAAGGACUGGAAUGAGUUUGUGAACUGUUUUGUACGUGACAUUGUCAUAACAAUUGAUAUGUGGAAGGCACGCAUUUCGGAUAGUCGUGGUAAGCUUAUCAGUAAGGUGAAUAAGGCGCUUGAACUAGUCAAGAACCUUCUUGCCGUGAGAAAACCGGUAGAUUUUGAUUUUAUCGUGCAGAAGGACCUUCUUGACGACUUUGGUGAUUGCCCAACAUUUGUUGUGCGUUUCUUGUUACUAUCGCGCAAGAAAGAGAUUGGUGAGGAUACAUGCAAUUCCAUGUUAGCUUUGUGGGAUGAACGCAUUGCUCACCAGAGACGCGACGCUGACGACAAACCAACAACGGGUUGGAAGCAAAUGCCUUCCUUCUUUGGUAUGCUCGACCGUUCCUUAGCUGACAUUGGUAAGAAAGGAGGGUUAUUCAGCUCGAGUCCCACGAAAAAGCGCAAGAAGGCUGAACAGAAACGACAAAAGAUGGAGAAAGAGAAACGAAAGGCUGAGCAAGAAAAGCGGCUAGCGGACGCUGCGACAGCUGUGAAGUCAAAGUCCCCACCUGCCCCAUUGGUUCCUAGGAGGGAUUCUGUUGAAGUUGUUACCCUCGCCAGCGUUUUAGACACGUAA